AGUGAAUCCAGAACAAAGAAUAGAAAAAGCAAACCUCUUCAAAUGCUUCCAACCUUGAAACUGACCUCUUGAAACUGACCCCUUGUCUUUGUGCUGAGUUCCUGGUAAAGUAUGUAUGGGAGUUCAAAGGACAGUUACUCACAUCACCUCUCACAGCAUCAUUACACAAAGAGAAAUAUAUAGUGGUUUUUUGUGUGCAUCUCAAGAAACUAAACUGUUGGCGUAAUGCCUGCUUCCUGGUACAUGCAUAUGCAAAAACUGUUCUAAACAUCACAUCAAGGAAUAUUUGUCAUCUCUAGUAGGUGCAACUUUUUUCUUCCUAAAGAAACAUACAUGGUAAGGUCUGGUGUACGUCUCAUUGGGAAGGAUUUGGAAUUCCUGGUGUAAGCUAUGUAAGAACUUUAUCAAAUCAAUUGUAAGUCAUCCAACUCCUCCCCCACGCAAGUUUAUCUCAAAAGAGAAAACAACUUAUAGUCCAUUUUAGCCUAAAUUGAAGAAACUAAGCAUUUGAUGUUCACUGUUUUCCUGGAGCAUGUAUGUGUUGAAAUUAUUAAACACCAUUCUAUCAGCAAGUUUAUUUUAAGAAAAGAAACAACAGUCAGCAUAUUUUCAUGUUCCUGUCACAUAAGUAGUUACACUGAGUAUUCUGUUCUCAUGGCAGGCUAUAUUUCAUCUUUUUCCUUUACAUGUUUAACUUCCUACUAGUUUUGUGAUUAUUUGGCUAGGAAUAACUCCUUACAAUUAAAUUUGGCUAUGUUUUCUCAACAAUCAUGAUGCAAUCUUGGAAAUUCUUACAAAGUGGGAAAAUCUAACCUCAAAAAAUUGAAAUGCAAGGGAAUUAAAAAAUUUUUAUUAUAAACAUGCUAAAUUUAACAAAUAGAUCUUGUAUUUAAUUAAACAUCACUUCUAGUUUGCAAUUAAAAUUUUUUUAAUAGUUAUGGAUUGUGCUCUUGGAUCUUCUCUGGCCUUAAAUUUACACAAUUUAGUUUCUUUAUGAGAGGUUCAAACAAUAUUAUCUCUGGGGAAGCUCCAUUUAGUCUUUUCCAUUUAAUUUAUCAAGCUCCUCCCCUACUAUAUUUGAGACUGUCUGCUGCAAAGAAAUAUGGAUACUUGCUUUUCUUGAUUACCCUGAUACUGCCUUCCCUUUCUUAGAAGUUAUCCAAUCUGUGUAUCCAUGUCUUCCUAAAUGCCUUAUAAUGUUAUUAAUCACUCUCUGGCUUAGAAUUCUAUAGUAGCUUCUAAAUGCCUAACAAAUUAAAUUUUCUCUCUUGAGAUUAGACUUUUAGGACACCAUACUUGACUUCUACCCCAGAUAAUCAAUUUUGUUUCCCACAUUUCAAAUACCCUAGUUAGAGUCUGGAUGCUUGGAAACUUGACCAUGCUCUACCAUUAACUGGAUAUGUGCCUGUCAACAUUGUUGUCUAUGUGUUAUGUCUAUAUCAUUGGACUGUGCUAGUCAAUAUGGUAGCCAGGAGCCACGUGUGGCUAUUUAAAUUAAAAUUAAAUAAAAUUAAGAUUUUAGGUCUUCUGUUACAUUAGAUACUUUUCAAGUGUUUCAUAGCCCAAGAGCCUCGUGACUGCCUCAUUGGAUAGCUCCAGGAGAGAACAUUUCCAUUAUUGCUGAAAGUCUUAUUGGACAAUUCUGGCAUAAGAUACAUGUGAAUGUGUGUGUAUAUGUGUGUGUAUAUACUUGAGGUUUAUGAGCCAAUACAGAAUGACAAAAAUAUGCUCUGAACUUAGUUUGGAUUGAAAUCCUAUGACAGAUAUUAAUUAUGCCCUUAGGCAAAUAACUGAACCUCUUUUGAGCUCAGUCUCCUCAUCUCUAAAAAUGGGGCUAAUAAUAAUAACUACCUCAUAGGGCUGUUGUGUGAAUUGAGUGAAAUGAUACAUAUAAAGUGUUUAGAAGAAUGCGUGGGAUUUAGCGCAGUUUUAGUUAUUGCCGAUAACAGAUUUGCGCGCUUCAUCUCCUUCAGUCCUCAGAACCAUCACAUGAGGAUGGGACUCUAAUUGUUAUACAGAUGAGAAAAAUAGUCUCAAAGGUUCAGUAACCAGGCCAGAGACACAGGCAGAGAGUGUAAAUGCUGUGAUUCAAGUAUGCAUCAUCUAUCUUUUUUCGUUCACCAACCCCCUUACUUUGCUUUUUCUCCUUAGCACCCACAAAGGGUUGCACCAUUCCUUGCUUAGUUAUUUAUCUGACUUCCUCUUCCCAACAGAUGUAAACCCCGGGUGGUCAGGGAUUUUUGUGUUUUUGUUCUCUAGCCCUAUCCCCUAGAACAGUGUUUGGGAUACAAUAGGUGCUCAAUGGAUUAUAUGAAUUUGGACAUGUCUCUCAACUUCUCUGAGCCUCUCCGCUGUAAAGGGAGGAUAACAAGAAAAACUGCCGCAGCGUCGGUGCAAGAUCAGAGUGGAAGAGGGACCUAACUGUCCUGAGCAAAUCCGGACAAACGGUAUGAAAGAAAGCUUUGGUCGAGUAUUCACCACGUCUAAGCGACAUGAGACUCUUACUGCGCGUGCUCCGCCUCCCUCUAGUCUGUCUUCCCCACCCCUCGCCUCCCACAUCCCCCUCCGGGCGGGGGCCGGAAGUGCAGCCGCUUCCUCCAGGCGCCGCGGGGCGGAGGGACGCGCGGAGAUGACGCAGACGGCACCGGAAGCCGCUCCCCUGUGAGGCUGCGGGCUGGGAGCGGCGGCCGUAGGUCUAGGCGCCAUGGCUGCGGAGCGGACCCGGCCGCUGCGAGGCUCUGGCGGCCCGAGCGCACCUAGUCGGUGUGAGCCCGGCGCGAGGUCCCGGGCCCCGGGGCGCUCGCUCAGGUCAGUGCCGCACGGGACACGGCUCAGGGAGCGAGGGACCUGGGAGCGACGAACGGGUUGAAGGGACCUGGAGUUCAUUUUAGAGAUGGGAAAAUAGGGUUUCAGAGUGACUACCUUCUAGUGCCUCAGUUUCCUUAGCUGCAAAAUGAGUUAACGAUGUCCCAAGGCUGCCAUGAGUCUGAAAGAUGAUGAAGUGUGGUGAGGUGAUUGUGAAGUACAAAGUGCUGUACUACAGUGUAAGGGACUGCUCCAUAAUUGUGGGUAUGCCAUGGAAACAGGUAAAUUUUUCCAUAACCUUAUGGAGAGAAAGGACUUUGAGACAUGGCUUGAUAACAUUUCUGUUACAUUUCUUUCUCUGACGGACUUGCAGAAAAAUGAAACUCUGGAUCACCUGAUUAGUCUGAGUGGGGCAGUCCAGCUCAGGCAUCUCUCCAAUAACCUGGAGACUCUCCUCAAGCGGGACUUCCUCAAACUCCUUCCCCUGGAGCUCAGUUUUUAUUUGUUAAAAUGGCUUGAUCCUCAGACUUUACUCACGUGCUGCCUCGUCUCUAAACAGUGGAAUAAGGUGAUAAGUGCCUGUACAGAGGUGUGGCAGACUGCAUGUAAAAAUUUGGGCUGGCAGAUAGAUGAUUCUGUUCAGGACGCUUUGCACUGGAAGAAGGUUUAUUUGAAGGCUAUUUUGAGAAUGAAGCAACUGGAGGACCAUGAAGCCUUUGAAACCUCAUCAUUAAUUGGACACAGUGCCAGAGUGUAUGCACUUUACUACAAAGAUGGACUUCUCUGUACAGGGUCAGAUGACUUGUCUGCAAAGCUGUGGGAUGUGAGCACAGGGCAGUGUGUUUAUGGCAUCCAGACCCACACUUGUGCAGCGGUGAAGUUUGAUGAACAGAAGCUUGUGACAGGCUCUUUUGACAACACUGUGGCCUGCUGGGAGUGGAGUUCCGGAGCCAGAACCCAGCAUUUCCGGGGGCACACGGGGGCGGUGUUUAGUGUGGACUACAAUGAUGAACUGGAUAUCUUGGUGAGUGGCUCUGCAGACUUCACUGUGAAAGUAUGGGCUUUAUCUGCUGGGACAUGCCUCAACACACUCACCGGGCACACGGAAUGGGUCACCAAGGUGGUUUUGCAGAAGUGCAAAGUCAAGUCUCUCUUGCACAGCCCCGGAGACUACAUCCUCUUAAGUGCAGACAAAUAUGAGAUCAAGAUUUGGCCAAUUGGGAGAGAAAUCAACUGCAAGUGCUUAAAGACAUUGUCUGUCUCUGAGGAUAGAAGUAUCUGUCUGCAGCCAAGACUUCAUUUUGAUGGCAAAUACAUUGUCUGUAGUUCAGCACUAGGUCUCUACCAGUGGGACUUUGCCAGUUAUGAUAUUCUCAGGGUCAUCAAGACUCCUGAAAUAGCAAACUUGGCCUUGCUUGGCUUUGGAGAUAUCUUUGCCCUGCUGUUUGACAACCGCUACCUGUACAUCAUGGACUUGCGGACAGAGAGCCUGAUUAGUCGCUGGCCUCUGCCAGAGUACAGGAAAUCAAAGAGAGGCUCAAGCUUCCUGGCAGGCGAAGCGUCCUGGCUGAAUGGACUCGAUGGGCACAAUGACACAGGCUUGGUCUUUGCCACCAGCAUGCCUGACCACAGUAUUCACCUGGUGUUGUGGAAGGAGCACGGCUGAUGCCACGAGCCACCACCGCUGACUGACUUUGGGUGCCGGGGCUGCGGGUUUUGGGUGCAACCUCUGUGGCAGCCGACUGCAUGAACCAAAGUUCUCGCCUAAUGGUAUCAUCACGCAGUGCACAAUCAUUUAUCUAUGUUUGCCAGGGGGCCAGGGCUCGGGGUGGGGGAGGGCUUGUUUUAUUGACAUACAACGCAGCAUGCUAAUGGGGUACACCAUUGACUUCAUUUGUACUUAGUUAUGUUGGUCAUUAUAAGAGGAUGCAUUUGGGGUUCAUCUUUUUUGAGUGGAAUAUUGGUUUUAAGAAAGUUAAAUGGUUCAUUAAUCUGCUAAUUGGUUGCCUAUAAAAUCACAUUCAGUCUGUUAUUAAAGCUUUUUACCAUAGCCUUUUUUUCUCAUGAAGUUGAAGCAAAGGUGCUAUGAUGUCGUUACAGCAACUUCUCUCACAUGGGGCUUAGCUUUUAUAAGAGCCAGUGUUACAAAGACCAUCUAGUCCUGUGACAUUCAUAAACUUUCCACCAAAUACCAGUUCUAAAAAAGUCUGUCUUCCAGUGCAAAUCUGAUUCUAUAAAUUGACUGUUCACAACUCAUCCUAAACCCUAGUUUUUGGCAGAGUUAAGGUUGGCCAUGUUUAAGAUGUGAAAGAGUUGUGUAGUUUUUGUUUCCAUGUAGAGGAAACUGGUCCCCUGGUUGAAUGCACAGAGGUGCCAUGGUAUAGCAGACAGAACUGAGCUGGAAGAUGGGAGACUGGUUCCGUUACCUAGGAAAUCUGCAACCUCUCUGGGCCCCAGUUUCUUUGACUGUACAAUUAAACUAAGUGAUUUCUAAGAUCCCUUACAGUCCUGCUGCUGAAGUGUCCAAAGUUGAUAUUGUAGUUUUGUCUAACCCCUGAUUCAUUGUUUCUUUCAGGUUGGAGAUAAUAUUUAAAUGAAAUCACUGAUGCAAAGUUGUUAUCUAUAAGGAAGUCAGUUAUAUGAAAAGGAUGGAUAAAGGAGGAAUGUAGAAAAUGUAACUGAUUCAAUUUAGAAAAUUUAAGUAAUUUUUGGAAGAAAUGCUGAUAGGAGUCAUGGUUCAGUAAGGAGGCAGUGUGUUAACAGUAGAAAGACACCUGAACCUGACUUAUCUUCCUCCUUUCCCUCUAACUAACUUUCCCUCCCAAGAUCAUCAUUUUCUUUGUCUGUAAUAUGAAGGAAUUGUCCUAGAUUAGGGCUCACAAACUGAAUGUCUAAGGAAGCCAUGCAGGGAACAUGAAUGAGUAAAACAUGCUGGGCAGGAUUGUGCUGACCCCUGGAGAGUUUAUCUGCCAGGGCAAUUACUCAGCUCUGAAUGUUGUAUCAUUAGCAGGAACAAGCCCAAUGUUGACAGGUAUUCCGAUUUUCUCAGGAGGAGCUAAAAAUCCAAAUUUUUAUCCAAAAUCCCUGAUUUUUUAAAUGUUACAGCUGAUUGAAGAUAAUUUAAAAUAAGGCGAGCUAAAUAAAACAUGUCCACAGUCUGCCAGUUUGUGUCCUCCACCCUCUCACUCUAAAGCUAGGUAAUUCUGUGGUUCUCCAGUGAAAAUGUUUUAACAUAGUUAUCACAAAUAUUAGGGAGAGAGUAGAGGGAGCAAGCAGUAGAAAAAGCUCAGCUGCUGUUCAGCUGUUUGUGCUUGUUACAGGGGGGAAUGGGAAGGAGCAUAUUUCAUUCACAGACCAAUAGGAAAGUUGUUUGAAGAUGAACAUAAGAAUUGGAACCUAAGUGGAAGCCUCUGCCUGGGCAUGUGAGUUAUUCCUUCUUGCUGACUCUAAAGCAUAUCCAUUUUACAGGUAGGAAAAAAGAGUACUGGCAGCUCUUCCAGAAUCUGCAUUAACUUAGAGUCUGAGAGUGGUCCUUUGAAUGAUGUGAAGUUAGUGAAAAAUCAGUGGUUAGUUUCAAGGACAAGUAUAGUUAAUAUAUCCAUGUUGAAACUCCAAAAGGAAGAAUUAAGUAAACGAUCAAUAUCUUCCUCCAUCCCCCCCAAAUCUGGGUUUAAACCAUCUCAUGUUGAGGUCUGUGCAUGAGCUCUGCCUAGUCCUAGAAAUAGAACCAGAAUUGCAGCUGGAAUCUGUUUUGCAGGAGGGUCAGGAGACUUGGGCAAUGAUGAGGGCAAAUAACUUUUUCCUUUUCACCCAUCCUGAGCAAAUAACUGAGAUUACUGAUCUAAUGACCAUCCCUACACCCUAACUCACUUUCAGAUAGCUUCAAAGGGCAAAUAAUUUUAGUCAUUAGUGGAGAAAGUUUUAUUAAAAGUGACUGAGGCAAAACUUGUAUGGUAUGUCCCAUUUCAGUUUUGGGUGGUGAAUACAGAAAUUGUCAUCCGGGCGGUGCUCAGUGCCACUGGAUUUUGACAUCUGUACUUGCUACAGUAGCUGGAGUCCUAACUACGAUUCCUCCGCACGGAUGCCUUCAUUUCACCUGAGCAUUUUACUUAACUGCUUUAUAGAUAGUGGAUUUAUUUGUAUGGUUCCCAGUGUUUAUAAAAAAUGGAAAACUAGCUUAUCCUUCAUACAAAAUAAAGCAAAAUGGGGAGUCAGAGAGAGGACCAGAUAGGGGAUAACUGAAGCUGUGGUUCCUUGGUUUCCUUAGUCUCAUUUCAUUGAGUCCGAGGGUAUUUUGUGUACACACUGAUGUUGGCUUUCUUAGCAUAGAGGUGAGGGUAUUGCCUUUCUCUCUCUUGUGGGUAUUCUCAUGUCUGAAAAAUUUUAAGUCAUGAGUGGACAGACCUCAUCCUUUUUUAUGAGGGUUGGAUUUCUUGGGUGACACUGUUGUGUGCUGGAAGCAAAGGGCUUCUCUCCUCUCAGGUUUAUAAAGGGUAUCAUAACGACUUGAGUCUCCAACAUGGGGACAGGGAUCCAGGCGAGCUGAGUGGAUGUGUGAGGGUUUUAGAGACUCUGUUCCCGUUCUAAAGGAACCUAGUUUCCUACAGCUCCAUUAUUGGAAGUAAUAAAUGUUGUCAAAUCUGACUCUAACCUGACAUUUUAGACCUAUCAGGGAAAUAAGGACCCUCCAAUGGAAGGGCUAGAUUGACUUUGAAGAAGUUCCACAGGAGGGCGCAUGUAUUUCGAUAGCUUUUCAAAAGUGGCACGUGGGGAGUAUUGCUAUUUUAAGGUUUGCACUUCAUUUUUCUUAAUUAAAUAAUUACUCUUCUGGCCACUGAAAACUCUUGGUAAAGUUGGAAUAAGGAUAAGAUAAUCUAGUAUUUGCUCGCAGGAGAAUGAUUACUGCUCUCCAUUUGUAAAACAGGGAGAAAACAAAUAUCUUUGGAAAUAGUAUUAUUUUAGACAUGAAGAAAUUGUUUCUGUUAGGGUAGGCAUUUUGACCUAACAGAGCAGUUGAGGAACCUGGCUUUGCACAUUGCUUUGGCCAAACCCAGCCAGCAACUUGAAGUCAUUGUGUGUCCUGGGAGCGUAGAGGUGAAUCUUCCCACCAUCGCUCUUAAACCUUUCUGUGCCUCCUCCUCUGGGCCUUGGUGUAUGAACCACUUGCCUUUUUCUGUAGGGAAGUGAGCAGAAUCAGAUCAUAACCCACAGAUGCAGUCUGGGGCAGGGCACACCGUCACUUUUGCUUGUAGGAGCACAGAGUUAUCAGGAUAGGGUAGAAGCCCUUUAGGUCUGUCCCCUCGACACCGCCUUCCUACCUGGUUUUGCUGGUACUUUUGCCAAGAUGUUUAAGACAACCAAGACACUUGAGAAUUGCAGUCACCAGAUAGAGAUGAAAAGAACAGGUUAGCAUCCUUGACAGAAUGCCUACUGGCCAUCUUUGGCAGUGUCUCUGAUCAGAGGUUCCCCAGGCCUGCUCUAGGAAAGUGAAAAAUUUUCAGAAUAAAUCCUCAGAUGGAUUACUGGGUAGUCUUUACGCUACUCCCAUCAGCCUAAUUAGCUGAAUGAUCAUGCUCAGUGCAAAAAGGUGUCUUCUUGUCAAGUUAUUUUGAUGUUUCCUGUCUUUCCUGGUACAAUUCAAUUCAGUUGUUUAAAGUUAGUAUUUCAGUCUUGACCAUUGUAAACCCACUUAAUUAUUGCAGGCUAAAGAAUCUAGCUACUUAAACUCAUCAUUAAUGUGCCCAAAUAAUGUGUUUUUGUAUAUUCGAUCCUGGCAAAUUAUUAAUUCAGAUGAUAAAAGCUCAUAAUUUUUUGGUAUCCUUAUGCUCGCAUUGUGAACAAACAUAUUUUGCUAAUUUAGACUUUGCACUCUUGAUGAGAAUGCUGAGGUUGAAAAAGGCAGGUCUCCCACCAAUCCAGCAUCUAUAGCAACAUGGUAAAAGUCAUCAACUCAUGUUUGAUUAAUUUGAUACGUGUUGUGAUCUAGAGGGAAUGAGAUAAAAUUUAUAUUUGAACUGUGUGGGGUGGGGGGAACAAGGGAUUACUUAAGCAAAUAGUGGAGUGAUAUGGAACAGGAUGUCUCUAUAAGAUGAGAAGUUAUUUUCUUGCAUAAUAGAAUCAUUCUUUUGCCCAUGAGUGAUUGUGCUAACUAUAAAUCAUUUAUAUCUACACAUUAAAGUGGAUUCUCUCUCAAUUAGGCAACAUUUAGUUAGCCAGGCCCAAGUUAUUGUUUGUACUUGAAAGUAAUAAAGCUGCAUUUCCUUAAAAAUA